AUGGCUCUGGCUCCCCGGACGGCCACGCUCUUCCUCAUCGACUGCAGCUCGUCGAUGGGCAGGGAGCGCGUCUUCACGGUCGGCGACCCGCCCAACCAGGUCACGACUCGCCGCUCUGGACUCGACGCCGCAAAGGAGUACGUCAAGGCCAAGCUCGUUCAGCGCAUCAUGCGCGACCUCAAGACGACGCCGUUCGGCGUCAUCCUCUUCGCCCACGCCAAGACCAAGAACCUCCUCACAACUCGGGCCAAGGAGCAGGCGAGCGAGAACGAGACCAAGUUCGACCGCUCGCAGGACCCGUACCGCCACUGCUACGAGCUCCUGCCCCUCACCAAGACGGUCGACAAGAGCCUCGUCGACCGCAUCGACGACGCCGUCGCCGGCCAGGGCCCCGACACGGACGCCUUCUCGGCCGCCAUCCUCGGGCUCGAGACGCUCGACGCCGACGCGACGCUCAAGAACUACGCCGUCCGCGAGGUGUGCCUCUUGACCGACGCCGAGCACGAGAUCAACUGGGACGGCGUCAAGAGCACGGCGCACCGGAUGAACGCGGUCAACGUCGGGCUCACCGUCAUCGGCGUCGACUUUGACGACGAGGAGAUCGGCUUCGUCGAGGAGAACAAGUCCGAGAUCAAGCGCGAGAACGAGGCCCAGUUUCGCGCCUUUGUCGACUUGCUCGACCAGCCGUCGCUCGUCGCCAACGCCCGUCAAGCGCUCGCCGCCAUCGCCACGCCGCAGGUCAAGGCCGUCAGCUCGCGCGCCGACCACAUGUCGCUCUCGUUCGGCAACCCCGACACACACCCGGACAGCUCGCUCGUCCUGCACGUCGACGUCAAGAAGGCCGUCGUCCCCGCCGCGGCGCCGACGAUGAAGCAGAUGAGCAUGCGCGGGUUCGAGCGCGUCCGCUCGACGCAGCGGGCCCAGCAGCGCCAGAGCCAGAGCCAGGGCCAGAGCCAGGCCUUCUCGCAGCGCUUCGGCGACGGCGCGUCGCUCGGCGGCCCUCGCGGGACCAAGCGCGAGGCGGAUCGAGUCGGCGAGGACGAGGGCGAGGAGGACGAGGACGAGGACGCCAAGGCCGAGGUCAAGCGCAAGGCGCGCUUCGCGGCGCAGCAGAACCGCGAGCAGCAGGCGCAGAUGGCGGCGGGGCAGGGCAUGGACCUCGGCAAGAUCGGCAUGACGCUCGACCGCCAGCUCGAGGACGAGGGCCUCGCCGUCGGUACCGCCGCAGACGCCGACCUCGCCGGGCACGGCGUCAUCAAGGAGCGGCACUACUUCUACCGCCCGCCGCCGGUGACGAGCGCGGCGACGAGCGGCAAGGACGCCCAGGACAAGGGCAAGUCGGCCAAGGUCAGCGUCAGCCGGCGCCCUCGCGACGGCGGCAUCGUCGAGGAGGACGUCUACGACGAGGACGACGACGAGCAGCUCGUCAGCAUCGACCAGGACACGACCGAGCUCACCGACGCGUACCACUACGGCGGGUCGCUCGUCCCGAUCGGCGACCUCGAGGAGGGUGCGGGCACGCUCGGCGGGCUCAAGACGGGCAUGGAGAUCCUCAACUUCAUGAAGCAGUCGGAUCUGCACUACGACUGGCGCAUGGGCGACGUCUUCUACGUGUACGCGACGCACGGCGAGCUCGGCUCGGAGAAGCUCUUCUCGGCGCUCGUCAACGGCAUGGUCGAGCGCGACUCGCUCGCCGUCGUCCGGUUCGUCAAGAAGGGCUACUCGCGCGACGGCAAGGCGCGCAUGCCUGAUCCUCAGCUCGGUAUCCUGUUCCCGCACAUCGAGGACGGCGUCGAGAUCUGCUACUGGGUCCGGAUCCCGUUCGCCGAGGACGUGCGCGCCCUGACCUUCCCGUCGCUCGACCGCCUGUUCAACCGCAAGGGUCAGCCGCUCGCCGAGCACAAGCUUCUGCCGACCGCCGAGAUGGACGCCGCCAUGGCCGCCUUUGUCGACUCGAUGGACCUCACCGAGGCAGGCCCGCCUGACCAGGACGGCAACCCGACCGAGUUCUUCCACACGGACGACUCGUUCUCGCCGGCCAUCCACAACGUCCAGAACACGCUCGUCUUCCGCCUGUCGAAUCCCGAGUCCGACCUGCCUCCUGUUCCGCCCAUCCUCACCAAAUACAUGGACCCGCCGCCGGCGGUCGCCGCUGCGGCGGCCGCCGCUGCCGAGAAGGUCAAGCGCGCCUUUGACGUCCAGAUUGUACCGCCCAAGCCGAAAAAGAUCAACAAGAAGACGGCCAACUACGCCCAGGCCGGCCUCGAGGAGGAGAUCCAGCUCGACCGCAUCUUUGGCUCGCGCGAGUCGGCCGCCGUCAAGUCGACUACGCCUGCGCACCAGCCUCCUCCGUCUUUGUCGACGAGCAAGCCGGGGCCCAUCGCCGUCGACAGCGACGACGACGACGUCAUGAUCGUCGACGCUCGACCCGCUCCGCCGAGCGCAGCUGCGUCGAGCGCCAAGCCGAGCGCCCCUGCAGAUGCGCUCGUCGACGAUGAGAUGGAGGAGGAGCCAGACACGGAGGAGGAGCCGGACACGGACGACGGCGAGGAGGGCGAGCGGCACACGACGAGCGCGGCGGGAUCCAGCUCGCCCGGGGACGUCGAGAAGGGCGUCGCCGAGGCGAGGUCGCUCGUCCUCCAGAGUUUCAGCCACAGCCACUACGGCAAGGCGGUCGAGGCGCUCAAGGCGACUCGCGAGCUCGCUCAGCAGGGUCACCUCGAGUCGACGUACAACUCUGCGCUUCGCGCACUCGUCACCUCGCUGCGCGCCAACCCGAAGAAGCGCGACUUCCUUUCGCGCAUCCAGACCGGCGACCUCGGGCUCCUCGUCGACGACGACACGCUGCCGCAGGAGGUCGAGGACUUUCUCGACGAGCUCGACGAGUGAGGAGAGAGAAGCGUGAGCCUCUCUGUGCCGUACUGCCGUGCCCCUUGUGUACCCCUGUUGUUCGACCCGCCUUUGCAACGAUCCUCGUUCUCGCUUUCCCUC